AUGUUACACACUGCACCAGAAAAAAAGAAAUGGAUUUUCCGCUUCGUAAACUUCCGUGUCAGCGCGUACGAGUCCUGGAUGAGGCCGAUGAACCUCCCUUUUCCGAGGUAUUACGAUCCUCUUUACUUUCCACAGCUGUUUCCUCGUGUCUUUGAAACUCCUGGUGGCGUCUGUGAAUGGCUGCGCAACGCUUUCGGUAGUGAGAGUGGAUGGAGCGAGGUGAGAGCAACCUAUGUCGACGGUGCUUUUUUGGUAGAGAAUACUUCGUAUGAUUUACGUGUAUUCCUUACUGUAGCAGAAAUUGAGGACGCGGCUUUCCAUCCUCGGACUUAUUAUAAAGUCUCAUACCCGACUUUACCUUCAAAUCCGUCGUGGCUCUAUCGGACUUCAGGGGAGUUAAAGGAUGCGUUCGAGGGGAUAACUGUCAAAAGGCGGGACGAAGCUAUUGACGUGGUCGUUUCGAUGUUUAUGGCUUUGGCUAGGCAGUUCAUAACACUUUCCGAUCGAGAGCUGGCCCAACUUCGUCGCUGGAUGUGUUUUGAACUUUUCCGAGAAAAAUUUAGGGAUAAGGUUUUUCCAAAAAUUAUUCGCCCUGCAAAAACUUCUUACCCGUUGGUUCAUGGGAGGGGGAAUGGAUUGCUUCGUUCGAUCGAUCCCGAACUUGACACGGCCACGUUUCGUUCGAGAACGUGGACGAUGCCUUCUGAUUUACUUAAGAGUACAUUGUUGCGAGUGCAUUACUCCCGGAGAUCAUGCUCAUUCCAUGACAAGCGGGCUGUCAAAAUAGAACUACUCCAGGAAGAGCUUUCUGGGAGAUGGCGACAGCUUCUGGGUCUUCCAGCUCCGAUUAUUGGGGAUCUAACCAAUGCUUAUACUAGUUCCAUAAGUCUGAAUAGCACAUUUGGCGUUUUGGACUUACUCGAGCUGGAGUACAGACCAUCAUUUUGCAAUAGGGUAAUUGCACCAAUGCGUGAUCGUCAUCGAAAAGGGAUGCGUAAGGUAGUGCGCCGAAAGGAAAGAGACAACAAGGAGAAAAGCAUUGCUCAGCACUUCAAUGAUAUUGAACGUGCAUGGCCUCAAGUUGUCGAUACUGAAAUGAAGCUUGAGUGUGCUCAUCAAUAUAUGGAAGGUAUGUUUGCUCAUGGGAACUCGAGGGAGGUGAACCUCUUGGGAUGUCUCGGUAUGAUGAAGCAGGGCUAG